AAUUUGGUGGACGUCGUGUUAUUCUUUUUUAUUUUUACUAUUGUUUAAUUUAAAGCCGGAAACAUUUCUUAAAAUGUUUGUUGCGAUAACUGUAAUUAAUUUUAUUUAAAUUAUUUUAAUUUUUUGAAAUAGAUAAUCAUAGGUGCGUUUCCUGAAAAUAAUGGGUUCGCGUCAUACAUGUGUGUUUAGUCUGUUUUUGGUUUUAUUUAUUAACAAUUGUGCUCCACGUACUGUUGAUAAAGAUCUUGACGAUGUGUUCAAACCAACGGCGCAAUAUACUAAGUACAAGGAACUUGUCAAAUUAUUUGAUAAUUUACAAAAGUCCUAUCCAGAUCUGGUUAAAGUUUACUCAAUCGGGAAGUCAGUGGAAGGGCGAGACCUAUUAGUGAUUCAGAUAACUAAGGAUGUUAGCCAGAAGCACGAUACCCGACCUGCUUUCAAAUAUGUGGCCAAUAUGCACGGAGACGAAGCCGUGGGCCGGGAGCUGAUGGUAUACUUAGCACAGUACCUUCUGCUUAACUAUGGAAAAAACGAAAGGGUAACGAAACUUGUCGACAAUACGGAAAUCCACUUGAUGCCGUCACUCAAUCCUGAUGGAUUUGAGAGUAGUGAUGUCGGCUGCGAGUCCCAACCAAACUUCGUUGGUCGCAACAAUGCAAAAGGUAUCGACUUAAACCGGGACUUUCCCGAUCAGUUCGACCGAAACAGUUCUGACGAUGAGGAAUACCUAUUUGGAGGCCGGCAGCCGGAGACGAUAGCUCUUAUGAAAUGGGUCAUGGGGAAACAGUUUGUGUUGUCAGGGAACUUACACGGUGGAGCAAUUGUCGCUAGCUACCCCUACGAUGAUUCCAUCACCGGUAGAGACUGUUGCGUAGAAAGUCCAGCGCCAGACGAUGCUGUAUUCAAACACCUGGCGCACACGUUCGCUUCCAAACACGAAGUGAUGCGGAAAGGCAACGCCUGCCCCCCGGACAACUUCACAGGCGGCGUCACCAAUGGCGCUGAUUGGUAUUCUGUUAAGGGUGGUAUGCAAGAUUUCAACUAUUUACGCGGUGGAUGCUUCGAGGUAACAUUCGAGUUAUCGUGUUGCAAGUACCCACCCGCUGAAGAAUUGCCCGAAUACUGGCACCUCAAUAAGGAACCUCUGCUGGCUUUUAUUGAACAAACGCAUCUCGGCAUCAAGGGCUACAUACGUGAUAAAGCUGGAAAUCCUGUGAAGAAUGCUCAGUUGCUAGUCGAAGGAAUAAAUCACUUGACAAAGACAACAGAGCAGGGCGUAUAUUGGAGACUCUUAAUGCCAGGCUUCUACAACAUAUCUGCGCACGCGCCGGGAUAUGAUUCGCCAGUGUUGUCAGUGCGGGUACCACAGUUAAGCUCCGAGGCUACAAUACUGAACGUGUCGUUGAACAAACGCGCGGAGCAUAACAGGGAGGCGCGUCAAGAUCUCGACGGUAUUUCAGCGGGAGAUUUUGUACAUCACGACUACGUGGCAAUGGAGAAGUUCCUGAAGGAUCUGAGCGAGGAAUAUAAGGAGAUCACCAAGCUGACCAGCAUCGGCAAGUCGGUGGAGGGCCGAGAGCUUUACGUCCUGGAGGUGACGAAGGAUCCCGGGAAACACUUGCCAGGCAAGCCAGAGUUCAAAUACGUAGCAAACAUGCACGGUAACGAAGUGGUCGGCAGGGAACUGCUCCUGCUACUUGCCAAGUAUUUGUGUCAGAAAUACAGAGAGGGCGACGAGAGGAUACAGCGCAUGUUGAACACUACCAGGAUACAUUUGAUGCCGAGUAUGAACCCUGACGGUUACGAGAAGUCGAAAGUUGGUGACUAUAGCAGCAUGCGAGGUAGAGCCAACGCCCAUCACGUGGACCUGAAUAGAAACUUCCCGGACCAGUUUGGACCAACAAAGGAUAAUCUUACCCCUGAACCCGAAACAUUGGCAAUAAUGAAUUGGUCAUUAUCAAUACCGUUCGUGCUGUCUGCCAACUUGCACGGCGGAGCUUUAGUAGCCAACUUCCCGUACGAUGGCAACCCAACUAUGGAGAGUGGACGACCGUAUCUUACACCCGAUAACCCUGUGUUCCUGCAUCUAGCACAUGUAUACUCUGAUGCGCACCACAAAAUGCAUUUGGGUCAACCUUGCAAGAACGUGCCGGAUGAGAGGUUCCCCGGCGGCAUCACUAACGGGGCUCAAUGGUACGUGUUGGCGGGCGGUAUGCAGGACUGGAAUUAUUUACACACGAGUGAUAUGGAACUGACUCUAGAACUGGGCUGCUACAAGUUCCCGCCAGCUGACGAUCUGCCCACCUACUGGGAAGAUAACAAGGAAGCGCUGCUAGCGUUCAUAGAACAGGUUCAUACUGGAAUACACGGCUUUGUUCAUAGUCACAUAGGUCAUCCGCUAGUGAACGCCAGUAUAUCGAUAUCCGACGUCCGGCACGCCGUACGCACAGGACAAGAUGGCGACUACUGGCGACUCAUGCCGCCUGGCGUUUACAAUAUCACUGCCUCCAGACAAGGAUACGAAAGUAUAACUGAGGAGGUGACUGUACCAGAGAACGGCUCAGUAAGUGUUAACUUCACACUGAUGGCGGACGAUCCCCAACACUGGUCCUCAGCUUACGACUUCAGGGUUCUAGACAACAUAAUGUCGACACGCUAUCACACGCGCCCACAAAUCUACGAGGCAUUGUCGGAAUUGGAAAACAAGUAUCCUGAUAUCGCUGAGUUCAGAGCCGGCGAUUCUCUCGCUACUUCUGUCUUUCACCAACUUAAACUAACUGAGCAGGUCGGAUCACCCGAAGAGACAAAGUUCCACAUUGCGCUAAUGGGCAGUUUCUACGGUUCCCAACCUUUAGGCAACGAAAUGUUAGUUAAUUUCGCACGUCAUAUCGCUACAGCGUACACUAUAGGCGAACCUGUCCACAAAAAAUUACUACAAACAACUGUCCUGCACUUCAUCCCGAACAUGGACACCCUACAAGAUAAAAUAGUGCGACAAUACGACGGUACAGACAAAUGUGAAGUGGAGCCUUUAGAAGAAGAGUUUGGGGAUAGUCUCUAUAAUUACAUUACAAAGAAGAAUUUGAAUCCGCUUUCUAAUUAUACUAGAGAGAAAUCUUUUAUUACAUUGUUGGAAAGUGAGAAAUAUGAUUUGGUAUUGGAAUUGGCAUCUGGUUCAGAAGAUGUAGUGUUUCCGGAGUUAUCGAAGAAUAUCUACGAAAAAUUCGCUAGGAAAUACCAGGAUAAUAGGACACCGAGCGAGAAGUAUACUUGUGGGAAGAAUAUCAAUGUGGUACAUGGUAAUUUGGUGGAUGUAUUGUGUGAAAGAUAUAACACACCAGUGAUAUCUGUUGGGCUGAGCUGUUGUAAGAUGCCAGUGGAGACCGAGAUAGCUUACGUGUGGAGGUACAAUUUAAGGGGCAUCAUGCAGUUCGUGGAAAUCGCAAAGACUGGUAUAAUAGGUUACAUAAAGAACGAGGAGGGUAUGCCCAUGAGAUCGGCGAGCAUAGCGGUGAUGGGUGUGGAGCGUCAGUACCGCGUGACCCACAACCAGGCGUACUACCGCGCGCUGUUACCGCCCGGCGAGUAUCGCGCCAUAGUACGCUGCCACAACUACCGCGAUCAGAUAGUUACGUGGCUAGUGGUGGAUAAUGUGGUGAAGCACAAGGAUAUUAUUUUGCAACGUGUAGACUCGGACCAUGUCAGUUUACCAGGUGGCCAAUACAAUGAGUUGCCAGUGGACAGUGACCCUAACACCAUAUAUAUCACUGGUCUCGCCCUUGAUUACAACAGCGUGCCUCUAAAAGAUGCUCAGCUGAAAGUCUACCCGCUGAUCAAGACAAGAUCCCCUGUAGCCAGUAACACCAGUGAUGAUAGCGGAAGAUUCUUAAUAGCUAUACCUGUCACGUAUAUGGGCAAAGAAGUCCGUAUAACAGCCUCAAUGAAUGGGUAUAUCACAUCUGAAAGACAUGUGGCGGUGAAUGGAAAAGAGAAUUUGACGCCAAACGUGCUUUUCAAGUUGGAGAAGGAUGAUUAUGUGCUGGGACUGCCCCGACUUGUGUUCGUUAUGCUGGCGGGUGUGGUGGGCGUGGGCGUGGUGACUCUAGGCGCGUGGUGUUUCCGCGGGCGCGGCGUCACGCGCGACUACCACUUCACUCAGUUGCCCUCCGACGAUAAGCGGCCGCUUUGCGACGACCUCAACUAUGAAAUAAUAAGGAAGCCAUACUUCGACGAGGAAGACAUCCCGCCCUCGGAGACGGACUCUGAAGAUGAAAUCGUACUUCUCCGAACGGAUCGUGAGUCGAAGCCCGUCGAAUGAGAAUGCGGACCCGUGACGGUGCGUGCAUCGGUGACGUCCGCUUAUCGUGAUGUCCCCGAGAUAUAAUAGACAAUAUAUACUUAACAUUUUGAUGAGACA